CCUCUGACGGAGAGGGUUGGGUAUCCUGGGUCUCGCGCGGCGCAGUCACUGAACAACCCAAGAUGCUUAACGGAAUGUUUUGUUUCGUCUUCGUGGCGCUUUUUGUGCUGCUGCCCACGUUACGAAGUUUCAACGUGGACCAGAAAAACGGGAUGUCGUUCGACGGGCCGAUUGAGGACCUGUUUGGCUACACGGUGCAGCAGUUUGAGAACGACGAGGGGAAGUGGGUGCUGAUUGGCUCCCCGCUGGACGGACAACCGGAGAAGAAGACGGGGCAGGUCUACAAGUGCCCUGUUGGCCGCGGCUCUGGCUGUGUUAAAACCACCAUAGCAGAGGACACCACUAUCCCGGACAUACGUGAAGUCAAGGAAAACAUGACGAUGGGAACAACGCUGGUCGCCAAUCCCAACGGUGAUGGCUUUCUGGCCUGUGGUCCUCAGUAUGGCUACAUGUGUGGAAAUCAACAGUACAUCUCAGGGGUGUGUGCCAACGUCAGCGCCAAGUUCCAGGUGCUCAACUCCAUCGCCACCAUUAAAGGUUGUUCAAAAUUGCUUGACAUCGUGCUCGUGCUGGAUGGUUCCAACAGCAUCUUCCCGUGGACCAGUAUCACAGACUUCGUAGUCAGGCUGCUGCAGACGAUCGAAAUCGGACCCACAAUGUCUCAGGUGGGAAUCGUGUCGUAUGGAGACACCGUGGGGCACGAGUUCAACUUGAGCACGUUCAGCAACAGGCAUGACCUUCUGGAACACGCCAAGCACAUACCCCAGAGGCAAGGCCUGAAGACCAUGACGGCACACGGCAUUGACUUGGCACGGGAAGAAGCCUUCACCGAGGAGAGGGGUGCCCGACCAGAUGCCAAGAAGAUCAUGGUGAUCGUCACCGAUGGGGAAUCCCAUGACAACUACAAGCUGCAGAGUGUCAUCGAUGAGAGUGAGGCUGAUGAAAUCGAGAGGUUCUCCAUUGCUGUCUUGGGUGAUUACAAUCGUCAAAACAAGAGUCUGGAUCAGAUCAAGUCGUUUGUGGAUGAGAUCGAAUCGAUCGCCAGCGAGCCCAAGGAGAAGCACUUCUUCAACGUGUCGGAUGAGGUGGCCCUGUUGAGUAUUGUGGACGCCUUGGGCAGUCGCAUCUUCGCUCUGGAGGCCACAUCUGGCGUGCACACAUCCUCUUUCGAGAUGGAGAUGUCCCAGGCUGGCUUCAGUGCCCACAUGUCUAAAGAGGCCCUGAUGCUGGGGGCGGUGGGGGCGUACGACUGGAACGGCACGGUGGUCAUGCAGCAGGCCGGGGUGGGCGUGGAGCCCCCCAGGGCCACCUUCCACGACCCCCUGGAGGAGAGAUAUGAGGGGCUGGCCGGCUACGUAGGUUACGAUGUGCAGUCUGCCUACACGCCAGGCGGAGUGCUGUACAUCACCGGAGCGCCGCGAUACAACCACACGGGCCGCGUCACCAUCUACCGCUUUGAUGGCGAGAACAUCACCAUCACACAGACCCUGAAGGGGGAACAGAUUGGCUCCUACUUUGGCAGUGUGCUGCAGACGGUAGAUGUGGACAUGGACGGCUACACUGACCUCCUCCUGGUAGGGGCUCCCAUGUACAUGGGCCAGGAGCGCGAUGAGCAGGGCCAGGUGCACAUCUUCAAAUUACAGGAUGGCAAGUUUGUGCCAGAGAUGGUCCUGGAGCCUGAGCGUCAGGCCUGUGCCAAGAGCGUCCACGAGAGCGAGCCCUGCGGCAACCGCUUCGGCACGGCCAUCGCCGCCAUACCCGACCUCAACCUGGACGGAUACGCCGAUGUGGUGAUUGGCUCCCCGCUGGAGAACGACCACCGCGGCUCGGUCUACAUCUACCACGGCAACGAGAACAGGAGCAUCAAGAAACAAUAUGUCCAGCGCAUUGCUGCCGGAGGGGAUCCAAAGAAAGAUGGCAAGAAGUUCUUUGGCCAGUCCAUCCACGGCAUAAUGGAUCUGAAUAACGAUGGCAUCAUCGAUGUCACCAUUGGAGGAUUGGGUGGAGCCUCUCUUUACUGGUCUCGGGACGUGGCUGAGCUCCAUGCCAACAUGACCUUUGACCCUGCCAAAAUCAACAUCCAGCAGCAGUCCUGCGCGGCGCAUCCCGACCACAGCGUCUGCGUGAAGAUCAAGACAUGCUUCUCCUACAAGGUCAAAUCCGACAAGGUGACCAACCCAAUCGCCGUGAUCCGUUACAAGCUGACGCUGGACGCUCUGAGGGCCACGUCGCGAGCCAGGUUCAUCGAUCCCAAGGACCUAAGGAGCGUACAGACCAACAUCAGCACCUCGGACGACACCUGCCGGGAGCACACCUUCUACCUGCUGGAGGACAGGAUUGACUUCAGGGACGGCAUCUUGGUCUCUCUGGAGUUUGGCCUGGCUGACCCGGACAGCGGCCCCGUCAUGGAUGGAAACCUACCCACCUUCAUCAACAAGACGAUCCCCCUGGUGGACUGUGGGAAUGAGAACAUCUGCACAGCUGAUCUGCACCUCAAGGCCACCCCGAGCAUACAGAGUGUGGUUAUUAAGGCAAACCAGGAGAAGUUUAAUGUCCUAGUCUCUGUGAGCAACAGUAAGGACAAUGCUUACAACACCAAAGUCAUACUAACCUACUCUGAAAAUAUCAACUAUGUGAAAGUGGAGCCUGUAAUUGGUGAUAAGAGGGACCUACUGUGUUCACCCAACAACACGAGGGUGUCCUGCGCGGUGGGCUAUCCUUUCCUCAGAACAGCCAUGGAGAAGGCAUUCCGUAUCCACUUUGAGGUGAACCCAGCUCACAUUCAAAAGGACAUCAUUAUCCACGUCGAGGCUUCAAGUGACAGCGAGGAGUCUGCGUUAGAGGACAACGAUGUGGACAUCAUCAUUCCCGUGCAGUACGAGGCCAACCUCAAGUUCACCGCAACGAAACACAUGAAAGAGGACCACAUUGUCAUCAAGGAGGGAGAUACAUACCCAAGAGUCUUUAACCACACCAGUGGGAUUGGGGAGGAGAUGAAAGUCAGCUUUGUGGUGGAGAGGGAGGCUGAUUUUGAGAUCCCGGACCUCAGGCUCACCGUUUUGUUUCCAGAGGACUCCCCGAUGAAGAACAAGCUGCUCUACCUCACUCACGUCUCCUCCUCUCCGGGAGUUUCCUGCCGUGCAGAGGAACGCAUAAACCCAGAAGGCAUCAGCCCCAGAAAGGUCUACACGCCAAAGCCCAAAAAGGAGACCCUUGGUCAGUUCAUUCUGAGUUGUGCACAGCUGACAUGCUCCAGCUUCACCUGUUUCCUGCCCUCCAAAGCCAACAAGAGCCAGGUGGACAUCACGCUCAGGGUGUGGAAGCCCACCUUUGUCGUGGCUGAAUACUCGAGUGUUGGCUUGACGGUGAAGGGUGAGCUGACCAACUUGAACACAGACCUCUUUAUUUUACCUGACAACAACAUUGCUCGAGAGGUCAAGGUGCAGGUCACCAAGGAGGGCGUAGGGGGCGUACCGCUGUGGAUCAUCAUCCUGGCCAUCCUUAUAGGGCUGCUCAUAUUGGCACUGGUCAUCUUCACCCUAUGGAAGUGCGGAUUCUUCAGGAGAAGAUCCAUGGAGGAGAUGGAGCAGCAGAAGGAAAAGAUGGACGAUUGAGAGUCCCUUGCAACCUCACGGUGCACAGUAGACGGAUUAGCCCACCACAUGGUCAAUUUUGCAGUGUUGAUUCAAGACUUUAAGACCAAGAGUCGAAAUGAACACUAAUAGUGUUGGUUCAACUCCUCCUCAGUGUUGAAUUCAUACUGCACAAUUUCCUGUACACCCUUCAGCCUUCACGUCAUGUGCCUCUUCCACACCACACCACACCGCCAGGGACUGGCCUGUGGUCCUCACACGCUGCCUGAUCUCCACACAGAGAACUUUGAGGCUCUCAAAAAAAAACAUCAGAGCUUCAGAUUCGGAGGCUAUAUUUAAAAAAAAAACGCCAAAGAGACGCUCUCCCAGCACCACGAGCGAGAUUUGUCCAAAGAUGUCCAAAGAUUUUUUUCCAGUUCUCACUGGAUCAACAGCAGUCGGAAUAUUAUUGAGGGUGGCCCACGAUGGCUCCCUCAAAUUUGACGUGUCACCACCAACCAGUAGGUCCUGCUGUGUCUCUGUGUACACAUAUGUAUGCGCUCAAUGUUCAUGUCACUGUCCACACUUCUGUGUUUUUGUGGAGUGCGGUUGGUCCGUCAGUCGGUCGGUCAAACGUGUUCCUGGUCACGCAACUGCAAGGUGGCACAAAAGAGGCUUUUUCCUUCUCUACCCACACCACAGCCCUUUUCUGAAUAAGCACAACAACAAUGGUGCUUACAGUGUUGCUCUAAAAAAUGCUCCACAUGCCCCACAUGCUUGACACGCCUUGCGCCGUGAAGUGAU